GGGGUUGCCGCGCACGCGCAGGCAAAGCCGGCGUAUUUCUUGGUGCCGCCCCGGCAAAGGCCGCGUAGAGUGGAGCUGCUGCCGGAGAUGCCUAACGGUGUGUUCUGAGGAGCGGCCAGCGGCGCGAUGGAGCGGGCCAGGGACCGUUUACACCUGAGACGGACCACAGAACAGCACGUACCAGAGGUAGAAGUCCAAGUCAAACGGAGAAGAACAGCCUCACUGAGCAACCAGGAGUGUCACCUGUAUCCAAGGCGAUCUCAGCAGCAGCAGCAAGUACCUGUGGUGGAUUUCCAGGCGGAACUGAGACAGGCAUUCUUAGCUGAGACACCAAGAGGUGGUUAAAGAAGUAUUGGAACACCCAGGUAGCUGAUUCCAAGAGAGAAAACAAAAUAAAACAGGUUAGAGCUGAUGCAGUCAUGAUCAAGAAUAAAGAACUAAUUAAAGGGUAGGGUGUUUGGAGGUCAUUUAAUUAUUUGGGUUAUGUCCAAAGAAGUUUUUUUUCUUAAAGGCUUCAUACAAAUAAAUACAUAGCAGAAAGUUUAAAAAAGUAAAAGCAGGGUCUUAAUGCUUUUACCCUGAUGCUUGUCAUGUAUUACUUUUCAGACAUUGUAUAGUCCUUGCUUUUUUAGGUAGUUCUUUUUUUUUUUUUUUUUUUGUGGUACAUGGGCCUCUCAGCAGCCAUGGCUCACGGGCCUAGCUGCUCUGUGGCGUGUGGGAUCUUCCCGGACCGGGGCACGAACCCAUGUCCCCUGCAUCGGCAGGUGGACUCUCAACCACUGCGCCACCAGGGAAGCCCUAGGUAGUUUUUUUUAUUCAUAUUUAACUUGUACUGAUUUUCACCGUAACAUAUGAAAAAUAUUUCAUUAUAAAUAGCUGCUGAAUAUCCUGCUAAUAUGUUUUAUAAUUUCUUUUUGUGAGAGACUUCAUUUUUUUUCUGCUGGUAGUUUGAAAUAAAGCUUCAGUGAAUUGCUUUGCAUAAAACUUUAGAUAGGAUCAUUUCCUUGGAUAUGCAGAUGUAAAAAUAAAUUGAGUCAAGGAAUUUGAAAUUAAGGUACAUUUUCUGAAUUGUAUUAUGAAUUAUUACAUUAGUCUGUUGUCAUGAAAAAAUAUAGUGCCAGUUACACUUUCAUCUUCAUUGUUUAUGUUAAUUAUAUAUAAUUUGUUUCUAUUGAAUUAUAAAUACAUAUCACAUUCAUUAGCAAAUGAGAAGCUAAGUAUUUCCCAUGCUUAUUUACUAAUUUUUUUGUUUUAUCUUUUUCUUACCUUUUUUUACCAAUGUGUUUGAAUCAUCUGACAAUGUAAUAAAGCUAUUAAUCUAUGAUUUUUCAA